ACGGGGGACCUGUGAAAGUCCCUCAAUGAUGAAACAGCGCUCGGACCGCUGUGCUGUGGCCGCGGACGCCUCCGGACGGACCACUGCGGCACGAACACAGCCGUCUGCUUGAAAGAGCUUGUUCUUAUCUGACAUCAAAACGGCUCCAGCGUGUGCAAGCUCGACCAUUUUUUGUUUACAUCCGCCAUGCAGGAGUCGGAUAAACGAAAAGGGGCGGCGACGACGGACGUGCAGGUCGACGAGCAACCCAACGCGCUCAUCGCGUGCAAAGUCCCCGACGAGGUCUUCAAUGACACGCGCGUGAAGGACCAGUUUGAGACACUGUUUCAUCAGUUUGAUGUAGGAGUAUAUUUCCAGUUCUUCAAAAGCUUUCGCCGUGUACGCAUUAAUUUCACCAACGCAGUGGCUGCUGCUCAGGCGAGAGUGAAACUUCACAAGAGUGAUUUCAAUGGCAAAGAGAUGCGCCUCUAUUUUGCCCAGUCUGUACAUAUAGGCAGUCCUCGACUAGAGCCCCCAAAGCCAGAAAAGCAGUUCCUCAUUUCUCCUCCAGCUUCUCCUCCAGUGGGUUGGGAGCAGUCUCAAGAUGCUACGCCCAUCAUUAAUUAUGACCUACUGUGUGCUGUCUCCAAACUUGGUCCAGGUGAGCAGUAUGAGUUACACACUGGAACCACCACCACUCCUAGUGUGAUAGUGCAUGUGUGUGAAGACGACAGCUCAGAUGGUGAAGAAGAAACAGAAGGAGGAACCCGGGCCCGCCCCAAAAUCAUUCAGACUCGGCGCCCAGAUUAUGCUCGCUCUGUCAAGAAGUGAAUUUACUUGACGAUCCUGGCAAACUAGUAAUCAAACUCCACAUCACCAAGGAAGCAGCAAAUAUAAGCACCUCUUUCUGAUAUGGAAUAUCCCAUCUUUACCAUCACAUAUGCUUCUGAUUUAAAUCUGGUUAAUUACAGUAGAACAAGCCAUUUAGAAGUGAAUUUGAUUUUAUUUGAUUUAACAAAGGGCCCUUCUGCUUGGCAUUACAUUCAUAUACUGCGAAAGUGGCAUAUGGAGGGUGCUAGCUUGUGUUGUUUUUUUCUUGAAUUUUCUAAAAUACAUUUUCUUCAUGUGUGAAAGUUAACUCUGCAUUGUUGAGGGCCACUCACUGUCAUUAUGUUGUAGCCUGUUGUCUGUCUAUGUUGGUUCUAGUAUUGUGCAAAAAUGUAAUUAUUGUUGCUACAGUUUUCAAAAUUUUCUCUGAUUAUUAUGCACUUGGGGCCAUAUUCAGAGCUGAGUUAACCAUGUGUAGUGAGGAGUUAAUACUGACAUUGCACGGAUUCAGACCUCAGAGACAACUAUAGACUUGAUCCAUGCUCACGCCAGCCUUAUGCCCUACAAAUUUAUUCAUUGGGCUGGAACAAAAUCAGGUGGUGAUGGACAUGUCUGGAGGUAAAACACUGCUUCAGUGAACACCUAGUUUCUUGUUUGUCUUGUUGACUAAUCUUUGCGUAGUGCUAAUAGCCACUAGAUUGUUAGCUUGUUAAAUAGCCUAUUACCAGCAGGGUUGAUUUAUCUAUAUUUAAUAGCUAAACAAUAGCUAAAAAAAAUAUGUAUUCAUUUUUUAUAAUGUUAUUGUAUGACACAGGGUGUUCUGAAACAGUAAGAGUAAGCAUUUCCUCCUGAGCUGGAGUCAACUUUAUGCAGAUUAGAAGUGGCAGCCCCAUGGUGCUUGGCUCAGGAGCCAAGGUGCUAUUGUCUGACUGCAGCUAAUAAUGGUCCAUGGUAAUGGAUAGUUCCAUCUACCAAAGUGUCCUCCCAAAAACAUAUUGCAUGAAAAAUUAUUUAUAGGAGUAUCAUGCUUCUCUGUAAUGCAGAGGUGUCCAAACUUUUUUCAAUGUGGGCCAGAUUAGACCACAUCAAAAUACUACUUAGGAAUUAUGCAAAAUACUAAAUAUUUACGAUAUAAUAUGUAUACAUGCAAAUCAUAAUGCUAUUGCAAAUGAAAAAGUAUUAUUGUUUCCAGCUCUUUUGAAAUCUCACCUUCUUACUGUUAACUUUGUGCUUUUUUUUCUGCAGCCAUCACUAAAUAUCAUUAAUAUGCAGGUAUAGUCAGAGGAGGAAAAAAGGGUCUUGCAAUUUAGCAAUUUCUGCAAUAUAUUAGACUAUUAUUAUAUUGUUAAAUUAGUCAAUUUGAAUCUUUGUCUUCUUUUCAUUAAUUGUAAACUGUAAUUUAUUGUAUCUUGCUUUAAUGAUAUUUUUUUUAUUGCAAUUGACAGCAAAAAGAAAAAAAAAUGUAAUAUGCUUUGUGAGUCAACACUUUCUAUCACCUUUUUUCUGGCUUAAAGAAAAGUGCUUAUCUUUAAAUGUGGUAUAUCCAGACAGAACUGCAAAACUCCUGUCCCAAGAGCUCUACACAAAUUAAAAUCAGAUUGACUGAUUGUUAAUGAAAGAAAGGCAACUUCUGAGGCAUGAACUACACAUGGGUAAUUUUAAUAAGUGAAUAAUUUUAAUAAUCUACCCAGAAAUUCAAGUUAAAGAGAACUUUCCCUGCAUGAAUAUUGACGUAACUUUUGAACACAAGUCACCACCUCUGAAUACGGCCCUUGAAGAAUAACGCCUUAUUAUGUGGUACACAUUUGACAUGACUUGAGUGUCGCUUCAUAUCUGUUACAUAAAAGAAUCUAAUGUGAUCUGUUGAUCUGCUGUACUCUAUUGUCUGUGGAGAUUACUCAAAACCACUGUCAGAGGAUAAAGAAAGUGAAACUUCAAAA